CAGGACAUUCCGCCUCUCCCUCUCCCUCUCUCCCGCCAAACCAUCGAACUCCGAGCCAUGGCGGGAAAUCUGUCUCUCUUGAAAUCGUGACGGCGAAGUCUCUCCUUGCCUCUAUCUCUCUUUCUCUCUCCUUGGUUCAUCCAUGGCACCUCCUCGGCGUCUCAGCAAUGGUGCGACGCCGACCGCGACGAAGCAACGCUCCAUCACCUCCUUCUUUUCCGCUGGAAGCAAGGCUGUUAACAGAACUCCCGCCCCAUCUGCUAGCCCUAAACCGUCUCUUGUCAUUCCUUCUCCUCCCCAGACGACCUCCCCCGAGCCUUCUUCUUCUCUCAAGACCCCUCCGCCGUCCAAACCCUCGUCCGUGGAGCCAUCCCCGUCGUCGUCCCGCCACGGGGAGGGCGUCAUCGGAUGGAGGAUUAGGGUCUUCUGGCCGCUCGAUGAUCAGUCGUACGAGGGUCACGUCAAGUCGUUUGAUGCUUCGACCGGAAAGCAUUUGAUUCAGUACGACGAUGGCGAGGAGGAGACGUUGGAUCUUGAGAAGGAGAGGUUCCAAUGGGCGGAGGUGACUCCCUUGCGGAGUUUCCGCCGGCUGCGGAGGAUCUCGAGCGGAGACGGCAGCUACAAUGGAGAUUCUUUGGCCAAAAGGAUCGAGGAUGAGAUAAGCGAAGAGGGGAAGGAGGAGGGUGGUGGUGGUGAUGGGGACAACUCGGAGGACGAGGACUGGGAGAAGGAUGGGAGCGGUGAAGACGAGGGGGGCGAUAGUGUGGAGGGAUCGGAAGGAGGAAGUGCGGGGUCGAGGAAGCGGAAGAAUGCUGGUAGUAUAAGGUCAGGCAGCGAUAGUAGUGUGACGCAGAAGAAGAGGGUUCGGAUGGUUGGUUUGAAGGAUGAAGGAAAACGCCUGAGAUUCGAUGUUGGUGAGGUUUCGCCAAGGGAAAAAGGGAAGAGUGACAUCGCUGGAUUGAGGGGUUCUACAGUCAAUGGGAUCGAGACUGCUCCUGUCAGAGAUGUUGCUGAGCGAUUUGGGAGGCGUGAGAUGGAGAAGUUUGAGUUCCUUGGGAAAGGGCGCAGAGAUGCCAAUGGGAGAAAGCCUGGAGAUGAGUACUAUGAUCCAAGAACUCUUAAACUACCGAAUGAUUUUUUGAAGAGCUUGUCUGCUGGUCAGAGGCAAUGGUGGCAGUUCAAGUCCAAACACAUGGACAAGGUGUUGUUCUUCAAGAUGGGCAAGUUCUAUGAGUUGUUUGAAAUGGAUGCUCAUAUAGCCUUUAAGGAGCUGGAUUUGCAGUACAUGAAGGGUGAGCAGCCUCACUGUGGAUUUCCUGAGAGGAAUUUUGCAAUGAAUGUCGAAAAAUUGGCAAUGAAGGGUUAUCGAGUCCUUGUUGUUGAGCAGACUGAAACACCUGAUCAGCUUGAGCUGCGUCGGAAAGAGUUGGGUUCCAAAGAUAAGGUUGUGAAACGUGAAAUAUGUGCCGUGAUAACUAAAGGAACAUUGGUUGAGGGUGAGAUGCUGUCCACCACCAAUGCUGAUGUGAGUUACUUGAUGUCGGUAACUGAAAGCUGUAAGACUACUGAAGGUGGUAAAGAUGAUGCUGUAACUUUGGGUGUUUGUAUAGCUGAUGUAUCCACUAGCAAGUUUAUGCUUGGACAGUUUGAGGAUGGCGAAGGGCGGCCCAUUCUGCGGUCAAUCCUCACUGAGUUAAGGCCUGCUGAACUUAUUAAACCUUCUAAGAUGCUUAGUCAUGAAACUGAAAAAGUGUUGCUGGAUAAUACAAGGAAUCCUCUGGUUAACAAUUUGAUUCCAGAUAUAGAAUUUUGGGAUGCCCACAGAACUCUUUUUGAGGCCAGAAGGGUUUAUGAGCAAAGCACAUUGUCUAGAUCCUUGAGUCAAAGUAAAGUCGACAUAUCCAAUACUUUUGAUGUUGUUGAUGAGCACACAGGUUUACUGCCAGAGGUCUUGACUGAGCUGGAAAGUGCAGCUGAGAGUGGCCAAUAUGCUCUUUCUGCUUUCGGUGGCUGUCUCUUUUAUCUGAGGCAAGCAUUGUUAGACACAUCAUUGCUUCGAUGUGCAAGAUUUGAGUUUCUUCCAUGUUCAGGGUUCUUAGAUAUAUCUAAGAAGUCAUACAUGACGCUUGAUGCCUCUGCUCUGGAGAAUCUUGAGAUUUUUGAGAACAACAGUGGAAGCUCCUCAGGGACACUCUUUGCACAGUUAGAUUACUGUGUUACUCCCUUUGGGAAAAGAUUACUUAAGAAUUGGCUUGCGAGACCUCUUUGUGAUGCUAAAUCAAUUUUAGAGCGCCAACAUGCAAUCACAGAUUUAAAACAUGUUGCUUUUGAAUCUGUUCUUGAGUUCCGGAAAAUGUUGUCUAAGGUUCCAGACAUGGAGCGCUUGCUUGCUCGUCUCUUUGCCAACAGUGAGGCUAGUGGAAGAAAUGCUAAUAAAGUUGUCCUUUAUGAAGAUGCUGCAAAAAAACAGCUUCAUGAAUUUAUUACUGCUCUGCGAGGUUGCCAAAUGAUGGUUCAUUCUUGUGCCUUAUUCAGCAGCAUCCAGGAUGACUUGACUUCAACUACACUACAAUGCUUGCUGACUGGUGAUUGCUUUCUGGACAUUGAACCUGUCUUGAUGCAUUUCAAAGAUGCUUUUGAUUGGACAGAGGCUGAGCAUACUGGCCGUAUUAUACCUCAUGAAGGGGUUGAUGUGGAAUAUGAUUCUUCCUGCAAAGCAGCUGCAGAGAUUGAAAGUAAUUUAAUAAGAUAUUUGAAGGAACAACGCAAAUUGCUUGGAAAUAGUUCAGUUGCUUAUGUCACCGUGGGAAAAGAUAGAUAUGUGUUAGAAGUACCUGAGGACUUGCAGGGGAGAAUUCCUACAGAAUAUCAGCUUCACUCCUCAAAGAAGGGAUAUUUCAGAUACUGGACUCCAAAAAUCAGGGCACAUUUAGGAGAACUUUCCAAUGCUGAGGCUGAGAGAGAAUCUAAAUUGAAAAGCAUUUUGCAGAGGUUUAUCAUCCGCUUCUGUGAUCAUCAUCUCAAGUUGCGGCAGUUAAUCUCUGUAAUUGCAGAACUGGAUGCUUUGUCAAGCUUAGCAGUCGCAACUGAUUAUUAUGAAGGACCAGUAUGCAGGCCCACAAUCCUGGGGAGUUCAUGUUCAAAAGGGACUCCAAGUCUAUCUGGAAAAUGUUUGGGACACCCUAUCUUAAAAAGUGAUGCAAUGGGCAAGGGAUCUUUUGUUCCCAAUGAUGUAAAUAUAGGUGGAACUAACAAUGCUAGUUUUAUCCUUCUUACUGGUCCCAACAUGGGUGGUAAAUCAACUUUGCUUCGGCAAGUUUGUUUGGCAGUGAUUCUGGCACAGAUUGGAGCAUAUGUUCCGGGAGAAAGCUUUGAGCUAUCACCUGUUGACCGAAUAUUUGUUCGAAUGGGUGCAAAGGACCACAUAAUGGCAGGCCAGAGUACAUUUCUUACAGAACUCUCUGAGACUGCCACGAUGUUGUUAUCUGCCACUCAUAAUUCCUUGGUAGCAUUAGAUGAACUUGGACGAGGAACAUCAACUUCAGAUGGCCAGGCUAUUGCGGAGUCUGUAUUAGAUCAUUUUAUCCAGAAGAUAGGUUGUCGAGGAAUGUUCUCUACACAUUAUCAUCGGUUAGCUGUGAAAUAUGAAAAUGACUCUCAGGUAGGUUUGUUUCACAUGGCAUGCCAAGUUGAGAAACGAGUGGAUGGGAUUGAAGAAGUUACAUUUCUUUAUAAGCUGACUCCUGGUGCCUGCCCCAGAAGUUAUGGUGUUAAUGUUGCAUGUUUGGCAGGUAUUCCUGAGUCUGUACUUAAGAGAGCUGCUUUGAAGUCCAGUGAGUUUGAGGCAGCUCAUGGUAAGCACAGAAAUAAAUCUGGAGGCUUGCUGAAACUUGAGAAUGUGGAUGCAGCUGUCCUCCAAGAUUUACUGAAGGUGAUAGUAAGAAUGGGUCAGCAAGAUGUACAAUUGUGUAAGGAUUCAGGUUGUCUCCAUGCAUAUCAGGAAAGGGCUAGACUGCUAUUGAGUAGAUUCAUUCAAUGAAGUCUAUCUUCUAUAUGCAGUUUUUUGGUAAUAUGCGAAAGUAUGAUGUGAUGCAUAUUGGCUAUAUUUCAAGAAGCUUGCCUUUUCACAGGGGGGCAAAUAAGCCUCGGGUUCAGGCUGAAUUUUUUUCUCUGGUGAGUACCCUAAAGGGAAUACAACAGAGCCAGAAAAUGGAAGGAGAGAUGCUACUGUCCAUGAGGAGCCUGUGGAAUGUAUAUUAAACUGGAUGAUGACCGUGCAAUUCGAUCUGUAAGUAAGCAACAGCCUUUUUUGCUCCCUUCAGAACUGCCCUGUUUAUUUGUAAAAAUACAAGUUCAGAAUCAAUAUUUUCAAGAUUUGUCGAUUAUUUGAGGCAGAUCUGUCAA